CCAGCAAAGAACUGCUGCCAUUCGACCAGCCGAACACACAAUUUGCACCGACACCCGAAAUGUACAAUCGGUGCAAACCAGCCGAAAUCGCUAUUAAAAUAUUUUACAAUAUGCUUUUUCAUAAGCAUAUUGUACGCACCGACUCUGUCGACCGACUGUGUUGACUGGGAUUGUCUACACCUGAAAAUAGAUGUCGCUACGAUAGUUCUUUUCUGGUUAAAGUCGAUGUAAAAGUCGAUUGAAUAACCGAUGUGUAUGCGACUUGCAGUAAAUACAAACAAACCUUGAUACGCGCGAUCGUUACUGAAUUUUACGUAUACAUAUUUUGGUGCAUUUUUUAAUUACAAAAAUGUGUGGACAAACAAAGCAGUCACAAUGACAUAAUAUCCCAGCAAAAUAUGAACAAUUUCGAUUUGAAACUGGCAAACCAAUUCAUCUAUUAGCGCAUAUUAUUGUUUAUAAUUUGCAUUGGGCGCAAGUUGACUUCUUGGCGGUUGAUCGUGAUUGUUAUGAAACGCUUAAAAUGAAUGUAGUAUGUGUGAUAUGUAGCAGCGACAUGGUGCUGGCAUGCAGCGAGAUCUUUAGUGCACCUUGUGGACACAUUUUUCAUCAUGAAUGCUUGAAACAAUGGCUUGAAAGGUCAAAGAGUUGUCCGCAAUGUCGCGAAAGAGCAACCAAGAACACUAUACACAAGAUAUAUUUCAAUUUUUCGAACAAUGAUAGUAUCAUAGAAGAUCCGUCGUUUCUGCAGCAAAGAAUUGAAAAUCUAAAUUUUCAGAUAAAGCUGAAGGACAGAGAAAUCGAUACUCUCAGAGCAAUAGAGAAAAAAUUAGAAAAGGAGACACUCGGCUUGAGACAGGAAGUUAGAAAAGUUGAAAGUAGUAUAAAGAGCAAAGAAAGCGCGAUUCUUGCAUUUAAGGAACAGCUUGAGUUUUAUAGACAUGAAAAUCAAGAACUCAAAAAAUUUAAUGAAGAAAUAAAUACCUAUAAGCAUGAGAUUAAAUUGUUGAAAAAAGAACUUGGUCUCUUAAAAAACAUUCAAAAUCUAAUAGAAACUUCUAUACCCGAGGUGGAUGCAAUGUUGGCAGAAACACAUGAUGCUAACACACUUGCCACAUAUGUAUCAGUAUUGAAAAGAGAAUUAAAACUUAAUCAUCAAAAGAGAACAAAACUUAGAGACAUGUACAACAUGUUACAACAAGAAAAGAAACAAUUACAGGAAGAAUUAAGAUUAGAAAAAAACACUUGCAAGGAGUUGAGAGAAGAAAAUCGACAAAUCUAUGAAAAACUUAACUUGACUAGUCGUGAAACAUUGUCAAAUGAAGAUCUCAAGGAGGAGGUGAUAGAGGUGAGAAAGGUAUUUAUGGAUACAAUAAAACUUGCAGAAGACAAAGGCUCAGUGAAGAGCAAAAAUACAGAUUCUAGCAAUACUUCAGAAAAAGAAAAAUUGCAAGAUACGUUCUUGAAGUGUUGUCCAAUAAAGCGAUCUAGUAAUCAUUUAAAGGUACCUUCUAUAUUGACAAAAAAGUCAAAGUUUAAUCAACCGAAUCAAAAGACUGUCAGUGACAAUAGUAUGAUGAAUUUUGACGGCUUUGGAGGACAUGCCAAAUACGAUAUAUUUCCUAGUCGAUCAUCUCGUUUGUUCGUGGAAAAAAACAAAGAAAAAGCAAAAAUAAAACAAUCAAAACUUGAUACCGGUGGUAAUAAAAAAAUUGAUACUAUAUUACUUUCGUAAAUUUGUAUACAAACGAUAUUCUUGAAAUUGUACUGAUAAUAGAAAUUGUAACGAUAUAAUUAACUGGAAUCUAAAAAGAAGUUAUUUUUUUUAAAUAAAAAAAAGUUGAUAUUUAUUUGCAACAAAAAUUAAAAUUUUCUCAUUAUUCGAUAUAAGAGAACAAACCAACGCAACUUGUAGACAAGUUGUUUUAACAUCAAAAUGUAUGUGACUUUAAUAGAUAAAUAAGAAUUUUGUAAUUUUGUAAUCAAAGAAAAUGAAUUCAGUAGUAGUUUUAAAUGUGCAUAAAAUUUGUAUUGCUACAAUCUUCGGAUGAGAUCAGAUGUAAAUCGAAAGAUUGGAACAGAAUGACGUAAAAUUUUAAUUGCAAACGUAUUAUAUUACAGGAAACAUGUCUACAUUUGAUGUCACAUUUGUAGCAGUUUUUAAAUUGAAAAAUUAUUCGAUUUUUAAGACUAAUCUAAAUUUCUUUAAUGUAAUAUAUGGUUUUCUUUAUUUUUCUAAUAUGAUGCUUUGUAAACAAAUGUCUGUUUGUGUAAAAGUUAUAUAUUUAUAC